UGGCUGGUGAUUAAGGAAGAUGGACACAUGGUCACUGCCCGUCAGGAGCCUCGCCUCGUGCUGGUCUCCAUCACCUAUGAGAACAACUGUCUAAUCCUUGAGGCCCCUGGCAUGGACCAGCUGGCUUUGCCUAGCAAGCAGCCUUCCUCGAACGCACUCCGGGACUGCAGGUUAUUCCAGCUUGACAUUAAGGGCAGGGACUGUGGCGAUGAGGCAGCUCAAUGGUUCACCAACUUCUUGAAAACAGAACCUUUCAGGCUGGUUCAGUUUGAAACAAACAUGAAGGGGAGACCAUCAGGGGAAAUCUUGUCUCCUUCUGUACCGAAUUAUGAGGUGGCCUACCCGGACUGCAGCCCAAUUUUGGUUCUCUCAGAAGCCUCCCUGGCAGAUCUGAACACCAGGCUGGAGAAGAAAGCAAAAAUGGAGCAUUUCCGGCCAAAUAUCACAGUGACCGGCUGUGGCCCUUUUGAUGAGGAUACCUGGGAUGCACUCCUAAUUGGCAAUGUGGAACUGAAAAAGGUUAUGGCUUGCCCCAGGUGCAUCCUGACCACUGUGGACCCAGACACUGGAGUCAUAGACCGGAAGGGGCCCCUGGAGACCCUGAGGAGCUACCGCCUGUGUGAUCCCUCUGAGAGGCAUAUAUACAAGUCGUCCCCACUUUUUGGGAGCUAUUAUUUGGUGGAGAAACUCGGAAGCCUGAAAGUUGGUGACCCCGUGUAUCGGAUGGUAUAGUGACAGAUCCCCUAGGGUGACAGGGCAAAAGGUCAGCUUUGCUUCUGGAACACAGUGUUUUGAAAGCUACUGGCACAUUUUCUUGUGUUGAGAUGUUUUUAUGUUUUGGUGGUUUUACACUUAGGGGAGUAAGCAGUUUGU